AUGUUCUUUCUCAUCCUAGCCUCACUUGUCGCUUUGGUUCUCUUCUACAACUACUACUGGAAGCGACGAAACUUGCCUCCAGGUCCAACCCCUCUCCCUUUUGCUGGAAACGCCAUUGAAUUGGCCAACUGUGUACAUUGGCCAGACACUUUUCUAAAAUGGCACAAGCAAUUCGGCAAGGUUAUCACUUACUGGAUGGCCGAGAUUCCGAUUGUUGCUGUGUCUGAUCCAAAACUGAUCCACAAGGUUUUUGUUAAGGAUGGAGACUGUUUUGCUGAUCGUUUCUCGUUUGGCGUGGUUGAUCAGUUGAGUCGGGGUGGAGAGUAUGGCAUUUUGUUCGUGGACUGGAAGGUGGCGAGGGAGCACAGACGGUUUGGGUUGAAGGUUUUUCGAGAUUUUGGCGUUGGAAAGAACCAAAUGCAGGAGAAUGUAAGAAAAUUAUUUGAAAAUAUGAUUUUUUGAUUUAAGUGGUACUAAUGGUGCUACUAAAACUGCUUUUUUUUGGUUCAAAGUGUUACUAAUGGUACUAAAGAAUGUUUUUUGAUCAAAAGUGGUACUAAUAGUACUAAAAGAUGCUUUUUUAUUUCAAAUUGAUAAUAGUCGUACUAAAACAUGAGUUUCAACUUAAAAUGGCACUAUUGGGCUUAAAGAUCAUUUUUGCUUCAAUGUGUUAUUACUGAUACAAAAAAUGUUUUUUUAGUUUGAACUGGUCUGAUAGCACUACAAAAUGAGUUUUGUUUAUAAAUAAUACUAAAGUUAUUAAAAAUAGUUUAAUUUGAUAAAACUGAGACUGAACUACGAUUUUCGGUCUAUAGCAGUCCUAGUGGUACUAAAUUACGACUUUUGGUAAAAAGUGGUACUAUAGGUAAAAAAAGACGAUUUUUAAUUCAAAGACGUGCUACUAGUACUAAAAAUUGAGUUUUAGUUCAAAAUAGUACUACUAAUACUUAAAUAUGUUUUUUUCCUAAAGGUGGUACUCCUAGUACCAAAACAUUUGUUUUAAACAAAAUUAGUAAUACUAGUACUAAAAAAAUUUUUUGCUUCUGUCCAGGUCCAAAAGUGGUACUAAUGUGGUACUAAUGUACACUAAAAUAUUAUUGCUUCUUUCCCUGCCCUUCCCCCCCCUCUACAAAAAACUUUAUAACACUUUAUAAUAAGCGUCUAAAUAUUUUAGAUUUUGGACGAAACCCAAACCCUGCUGGAGAGAAUCGACCGACAACGCGCCAUAAACGACGACUUUGAUCUGUUUCCUUUCACCGAUAUUGCAGUUGGCUCUAUCAUCAACGCCAUUUUGUUUGGCUACAGAUUCACCGAGAAUGUAAGUGUAAAUAUUUUAAUGUAAAAUACGUCCAGUAAACCAACAACGAGAUAAAAAAGCGUUGCUUUCUUAUGAAUUUUCAUUUUUCAGAACAAAGAAGACGAAUUCAGACGCAUGAAGUCCCAACUCCAAACCUUUAUCGACCGGAUCACUCAUCCAGUCAAUCGCCUCUGGAUUGCCACCGGCUUAAUGCACAAAUUGCCAUUUUUGAACCGAUACUGCUAUGCUUUGGUCGAUAUUUACCGCGAAAUUUAUGAUGAUAUGGACAAACAUAUUGUCGAGCACAGACAACAACUUCAGGCUGAAGGUCACACUACACCUCGCGACUAUGUUGACGCCUACUUGAUGGAAGCCGAGCGUCUGAAGGCCAAAGGAGAAGACACUAGUGGCUUCAGCGACCUACAACUCAAGGGCAUGGCUUUUGAUUUCUGGAUCGCUGGUCAAGAAACAACUAGUACCACCAUGACAUGGGGCAUCGCUUUCUUGAUUCACAACCCUGAUGUUCAGAAAAAGGCUCACGAGGAGUUGGAUCGGGUGAUUGGAAGUGACAGAAUUAUCAAUAUGAACGACAAAAAUGAUCUGCCUUACAUGAAUGCCUUGAUUAAUGUAAGUUUUUUUGGCAGCUAGGGCAAUAGGCUAAGCUUAGAGUUUUUGGCUUGGGCUCAGGGCUAGAGUUAGAGGCUGGAACUUUGGAGCUAGGGCUUUGGGGCUAGGGCUUUAGGGCUAGGGCUUUGGGGCUAGGGUUUUGGGGUUAGGACUUUGGGGCUAGAGCUUUGGGGCUAGGGCUUUUGAUUAGGACUCAGGGCUCAGGGGCUAGAGCUAGGGCUAACGCCACGAUUCAAGGUUAGGGCUUUGGGGCUAGAGCUAGGGCUAACGCCACGAUUCAAGGCUAGGGCUUUGGGGCUAAGGCUUUAGGGCUUUAGGGCUUUAGGUCUUUAGGGCCUUGGGGCUAAUGCUUUGGGAUUCUAAGGCUUUGGGCUAAGGCUUUGGACUAGGGCUCUGGGCUAGGACUAAGACUAGAGAAAGCUAGCCAUACCUUCCAGUACAACAACAACAUAAAAACCGUCAUUCAGGAAGUCCAACGUCGUUCAAACUUAAUAUCAGAAAACGUGUUACGUGUAGCAUCAGUCGACUACAACUUAGAAGGUUAUACCAUCAAGAAAGGUCAAGUUUGCAUAGCUCAAGUGUCAGCUUUGAUGGAAGACCCAGACUUUUUCCCAGACCCGAAAGCCUUCAAACCAGAACGAUUCCUAGACUCGAAUGGUCAACUCAAAAAGUGCGACGAACUUCUGCCAUUCGGCGUAGGGAAACGGUCUUGUUUCGGAGAAGCGCUGGCUAGAAUGGAACUGUUCCUAUUCAUGGCUAAUUUGAUUAACAAGUACAUGGUAAGGUGUAAAAAUACUAAACUUCAGAUGAAGACCAACGUAACUAUCCUUGAGUCUGACGUUUUUCAUAAGUAGGCGCGAGGAACAGUGAAAUACCUCUUUCCAGGUAUUACACUGUCCCUCGUGUCACUGAGUCGUGUGUGAGGUGCUCCAUAAGACUUCUGGCGCUCAAGCAUAUACUCGUGUAGACAAAUAUAGAUGUGCCUUAGUCCCCGUGCACUCAACACUACCCAUUCCUCAAGGCGUCUGAGCUGAGCGAGCGCGGGGACGAACCAACGUUUUUCCGAAUAGAGAGCGGCGCCACAGCCACUGCGCUACCAGCGCCUUUAAACAAUAAGUUCGGACCGCCUCGUUCCUUUUGUUUACUCAGCUAAAUCUUAUUGAAACUUUUUAUGAAAGACAAUAAUUGUUAUAUCAUUUCAGUUUCUACCAUCAAAAGACUCCGAGAUGCCAAUUCUUCAAAAAUGGCCCAGAGGCUCGUUGCCAACAAUGAAAGCUUAUAAAUGCCGUGUUGUCGAUAGACAUCAAAUAUAA